GGAUCAGAACCCAGUUCACUUCAUCUUUAUUCCAGUAUUUUUCCACAAUACACUCACCACUAGUGGCCAUAUAAAUAGUGAUUGCAUGCACAAGCUCUGAUAUCAGACCAUUCAUAUUUCAGCUUCACCAGUUACUUGGGCAAGUUAUUUAAUGUCUCUGGGCAUCAGUUUUCUCCUAAGAUAAAAAUAAUAACACAUCUCAUAGAAUUCUUAUUACAGGUUAAUGAGAUAAUACACGCAAAGCGAUGAGAACAGUGCCUGGAACAUAUCAAGUACUCAAAAGUAAUUAAAAAUUAUUUAAAAUAUUAAGAUUCUGGAUAGAACAUUUUGACCUUACUUAGAAGUUUUCAUUAAAAGCAAACAUGAAACGAAGCUGCAGCUGCUGUGGGGAAGAACUCCAGAAUUAGGAACAUGAUUAGUUAACCUCGAACACGUGACUUGUUAAGAUCCUGAUGACGCUCUCACUGCUCCCUAACCCCAGUACUUUGCUCAUGGGGCAAGUCCUUGAUCACGCUGCCCAGCCUUUAGUCCUCCACAUUCCUCGUACUUAUUCUUCCCCUUUAACAUCUGAAGGCUUUUAAAAAAAACUUUUUUUCAUUGAACGACUGAGCAGGGAAAACAUAUAUAUACCUAUUUCACUCUGAAGGAAAUCGCAUUUCUGCUCCACCCUAAACACAGGUGAUUACUCUUGGUUGAUUCCAGGCCAGAGACAUAAUUAGAAAGGCCUGGAGAACCCCCUCCUGUCAGAGUAGUCCCAUCCUUCGCUGCAGUUGUCUCCACCCACGCAACGCCACCACUACCCCCUUUUUCAUCCAUCUCGCUGGCCACAUCUUCGGUGACUGAGCGCUUCCGCUGUGCUUUGGGAUCCUCCAUCUCUUCCAGAUCCUUCGGGGCGUCUUCCUCAGAGUCGCCAGCAUCCAUCUCUGUCACGCUACUCCUGGCUCGAGUCCCCUUUCAACAGCCUCAAGGAAAGAAAAGAGAAGUUGGAAACUGCAAUACGAACUGAGCAGUUUCUUCUUAGACAAGCCGCAGUGGAGGGUUCCCUUAACCCAGCGCCCUCCGUAGCGUCCGAAAGGCCCUCUAUGCCUUCGCCGGCUCCGCCCCGAAACGCCAAAGGCCCCGGAGCGCAGGCGCCCCAGGGCCCCGCCCCGUUCUAGAGACUCGGCGUCUAUUGGCCCAGACGCGAGGGGGGGGGGGAGUGGAGCGCCCUAGUCGCUAAGCGGGGGUGGUCAUGUGACUCGCGGGGGCGGGGCUGCGCCGGCCGCUUCCCAGCCAGGCUGAAAGGGCUCGCGUAGCCGGCCCUAUCGGGCCUUAAAGCGCCCGCUGGGCGGCCUGGGCCCGACUCCCCUCGCCGAACUGCGCAAAGGGAGCUGCUCCUGGCUCUCCUUGGCUCCCCAGGUUUGCUUUCCUUCUUUUCCCGAAGGUAGGCCCUCAGGUCCAGCGCCGUGGAGCCUGCGGCCGCCGGGAAACCCAAAUCCGAGUGUCCGGAGAGUAACCGGAAGUGCCGUCCCUGGCGGAGGGGCGGCGCCGGGGGCUGCCGGGGAGAAGGAAGAAUUGAAUGUUAUGAAUAUUAUGGACUAGAGACCUUGUGGACCCAAAGGAAGACAGUUUUGAGUCUUUGUUGUUACGGGUUGGAAAUACCAAGUAAGGAAUUAGUGUAUAUGAUGCUGGAAACUUGUAGAGACCAACUGCUCAUGACCGAAAGGCUGGAAACAGAUGUAUCUUUCAAGUUCUUAUCAAGAAAAUGACUGUGAAGAAAAUGAUGGGUCAAGAAGACCAGUGGAAAACUCCCUAGGAGAGAGCCAUAGAAAAUGUACACUUCAGAAGAGAGAUAUAAUCAGAGAACUCAGAAAAGGAAAAUAUAUCAUGUACGCCCUCAGAAGGGUAACGAUUUUUAUUCGUGUGCAUGAGAUCACUCAAAUAGAUGAUCAGAUAUACCAGUGCCUUGAACGUGAGCAAAACUUGUGUGAAAACUUAGCUCUUAUUAUGUGUGAGAGAACCCACACUGGGGAGAAACCUUAUAGAUGUGAUAUGUGUGAGAAAACCUUCAUCCAAAGCUCAGAUCUUAUUUCACACCAGAGGAUCCACAAUUAUGAGAAACCUUAUAAAUGCAGCAAAUGCGAGAAGAGCUUUUGGCACCACUUAGCCCUUUCAGGACACCAGAGAACACAUGCAGGUAAAAAAUUCUAUACCUGUGAUAUUUGUGGCAAGAAUUUUGGUCAGAGCUCUGAUCUGCUUGUCCACCAGCGAAGCCAUACGGGCGAGAAACCAUAUCUAUGUAGUGAGUGUGAUAAAUGCUUCAGUCGAAGUACCAACCUCAUAAGACACCGAAGAACUCACACAGGUGAGAAACCAUUUAAGUGUCUGGAGUGUGAAAAAGCUUUUAGUGGGAAAUCCGAUCUUAUUAGCCACCAGAGAACUCAUACUGGUGAAAGGCCCUACAAAUGUAAUAAGUGUGAGAAAAGUUACCGACACCGUUCAGCCUUCAUUGUUCAUAAAAGAGUUCAUACUGGGGAGAAGCCCUAUAAGUGUGGUGCCUGUGAGAAAUGCUUUGGCCAGAAAUCAGACCUUAUUGUGCACCAGAGAGUCCACACAGGUGAAAAGCCGUAUAAAUGCUUGGAAUGUAUGAGAAGUUUUACUCGGAGUGCCAACCUAAUCAGGCACCAGGCAACUCACACUCACACUUUUAAAUGCCUUGAAUAUGAGAAAAGUUUCAACUGUAGUUCAGACCUUAUUGUGCAUCAAAGAAUUCACAUGGAGGAGAAACCGCAUCAGUGGUCUACUUGUGAGAGUGGCUUCCUCCUAGGCAUGGACUUUGUUGCCCAACAGAAAAUGAGAACUCAAACAGAGGAACUGCAUUAUAAAUAUAGUGUAUGUGAUAAGAGCUUCCACCAGAGCUCAGCCCUCCUUCAACAUCAGACAAUCCACAUUGGUGAAAAACCAUAUAUUUGUAACAUGGGUGAGAAAGGUCUUGAGCUCAGCCCUCCCCAUGCAUCGGAAGCCUCACAAAUGUCUUGAUCAGACAAGAAGUUACAAUACCAUAAAAAGUGCAUUUGCAUGUCAGAGAACUCAUUGAGAUGAAGAACUCUAGGCAAAUCUUAGACUUUCCUCAGAGCUCAGACUUCAGUGGGGACCAGAAAAUCUGCAAUGGUAGGAAGUUGAGAAGUGGAGUACCCGUAGAGCUGCUCUAACAGAACACCUUAUCAGUUACUCCAAUGAGAAACCUUACAAUGCCCUGAGUUUUGGAAAACCUUUAGUCCGAGCUCAUAUCUGAUCACCCACAAGAGGAUUCAUACAGGUGGGAAACCUUGCAAAUGCAGUGAGUGUCAAGAGCUUUCUAGCAAUGCUCACCACUCCUCAUUCUGAGAGAAUUCCCAUUGGAGGAACUUUUUAAAUGCUCUCAGUGUCAACCUUGCUUCAGACACAUGCACAUCACAUUGGAUGCCAGAAAGCCCACAAUGGGGAGAAACUCCAGCAAGUGUGAAAAAAGCUUCUAACAAAACUAUGACUUUCUUAGCCAUCACAGAAGCCAUACUGGUGAAAAUUUGUUUAUUUAUCUUGAAUGUGGCAAAAACAUUAGUUGGAGAGCCUUCUUGGGUUUGUACCAGAAUAACCCAAUCUGAGGAAAGACCUUUCAAAGUCUCUGAAUGAGAAAAGCUUCUGUCAAUGAUCAGCUCUUGUGGUACACCAGGGAACUCACAGAAGUGAAAAACCCCAUAAAUACCUUGAGUCUGAAAAGCCUUGCUAAAAACUUCUACCUUAUUGGGCCCCAAAGAACCUACUUUGAAGAGAAUUUUGCUCUAGUGAGAGAUCUAAUUGUGGACUGUGUACAUAUAAUAGGUAUGAGAAGAACUUUUCUCAUAGUUAGUUGACCCAUAUGGUAGAGAUGACUUUUAAUGGAGUCAAUAUAUGUAAACAAUUUUUUAGAUACCCAGAAGCUUGUUCUGGGAGGAGCUAGAGCAGGUCAGAGUAGGCCUGAUGGGUAACUCAGGUAAAGAUGCUUUUCUUUUAUCUGAACCACUUAAUGAGUGCUUUACUUUUACUUUUUAAAAUUUGGAAAUACAAUAAAGGAAAGGACUGCAACCUUGUAAUAGAAGGUGUGGCAUGUGUUACUGUUGGGGGAAAGGAGUAUAUUGACUUUGCCUCUUUUGAUUUUUUUUUUCUUGUCUAGAAUGGGGACUAGUGUGUUGAUAGUAGCAUGGGAACCUUUUGCUGGUAGUGAAAAGAACUAAGCAACUAAGGAGUAGUUAUCCUAGAUCAAAAGUUUCCCCUUUAGAGGGCCAGCCUCAUAAAGAGGCAGAGUACUAAGCUUUUUACUUAAGUGUGAGCUGAGGCAUACCCUCGAAAGUUUCAUUUCACUAAAAUAUCUUCAGAUGAUCACUGAUAUUUGAAAUUUCAGCUUUAGAGAUUCAUUUCUUUUCAACUCAGAAAUGCAAAUUCCAGGAUAAUAGUUAAGAUGUUGCUAGUAUUCAUAUUUUUAUGAUUUUAUUUAUCACGUCUCUUUCAGUGAUAAGAUAUACUCAUCAGCUCCUUGCACAAUGGUUAAGGGUAGACCGAAAGAAAGGUUUAAGCCUGAGUAGGUACAGAGUAAAACAACAUGAUGCAUUAUUAAUGGAGGAGCUAGACUUUUUGAUUUUGAGUAUCCUGACUCCAAAGCUGGUGUUUUCACUCCAUUGACCUGCUGUUAUAGCAAAUGAAGCCCCAUAAUGAUGUCUUUCAUUUAUUUCAGUUCUGCCAAGGAAAGAGGAUACUUUUAUUCCCAGGGAAAGGAUAGCAGUCAUCACAAUAUAAAGUAUACAUUUGGCUUGGAAAGUAGGCUUCUAAAUACUGGAAGGGAAAAGUAGUUGGCAGAUUCAUCAGAGGUUUAAGGGUAAGCACUUAUCUCCAGCUUAACAGGAUAAUUAUGAUUAUCUUUAACAUUCUCCAGAAAUACUAUAAUUAAUCCAGGGAUCUAUAAAUGGACACUUCUGAGGUUCUUUUCUUCCCUCAGAUUAAAAGACAUUUCAUAUAAAUACUUAAGAUUCCUGCAGUAUCUGGGAUUCUAGACUGGUGAGUAAAUAUUUUCUUGCCGGUCUGAGUCCUCUGGUUUGUCUUAGCAAAUCCCUGAACUUCAUAGUGCUGGCAUUUGAACUCAUGGAGGUAGGCAGCUGCUACCUUGCGUAUGGCUCUAAGCUUUGAUCCUAAUGACUCAUUGAUGAGCUUGAUAAUCUUAGGGUCAGUGGAUAUAGCUCAUAGUGAUAAUAAGGAAUCUGAUUCUAGGGUGUUUUUUCCUUCUUUCUUUUAGAAAACAGAUCCUGGAUGUUUAUUUGAUCUGAUGUGUUUUAGUAAUUUUCAUAAAUAGCUCUUAUACCAUGGACAGUUAGCCCAUGUGAUAAAACAUACAAGAUGUAUUUGUUUCUCUUUGGUAAAAAUCAUGCCUAUCACUCAUGUAUGUUUGACGGUUGUAAUACUAAAAUAGUAUUGGGUGUAUGGCAUAGUGGUGAUGAAAAUUAGUCCUCAUGGCUACUUGUUAGUCAUUAGAACUCAGAGAAGGAGACAGAGUUGGUAUCAUUGGCAGGGCAAUGACUUGACCCUUCUUUCAACUAAUCUUACUGGUAAUUGUCUCUAGUCUCUAAAUAAAUUAAGAAUGGACCAUCCCUCAGAGAACUUUGGGGGUAUGGAACAGGUCUGAGGGCUUUUAACAGUGGGGAAAAAGGUGUUGGUAUUAUUCAUCUAGCAUAACCUGAGGUUGGAGAGGACCACUUGGGAGCCUGUAACCAAAACUAGAAGGUAACUUCUGGGAUGGAUGGAGGUUCUCUUGAAACAGUGCCAACCUAAAUCUACCUCAGGUAAGUAGUUGGAGUAACUUUUUCAGGAUUUCAGACCAAACGAGACAACUUGUAUCAGUCAAUGUAUUCCUAUGCUUUAAUGUUUUUGUUUUCCCUUAAUUCUUUAAAUAAACAUUUGUUCUGAAAAACUC